AAUAUCCUGUUUGGAUUUGAGGGAACCGGAGGAAACGUUACUCGGAGAGGGCGAUGGCUACCUAUCUGGCGAUACCUCUGAAGAAAACCUCUGAAGUUGACAUUGUUAAACCCCUCAGCAAUGUCAUAUCUGCAAACUACGCGACAGCAGAUGAACAUCCGAAUUAUACCGAGGCCUUGGUGGAGCUGAAUAAGCUACGCCUCAAUUCGACAUGGAGAACAUUGGACAAACAUGAAAGCUCGUUGGAGAUUAUGUACAGGUAUUACGACCAGCUUACCUCACUGGAAUCAAAGUGUCCUGCUAGCGACAUCCAAAUUCCGUUCAAAUGGAAAGAUGCUUUCGACAAGGGUGGAUUUUUUGGAGGUUCAGCAAGUUUGACCCUUUCGUCUCUGGCAUACGAGAAGAUAUGUAUCCUCUUCAACAUGGCAGCUAUGCAAUCCCAGAUUGCUGCCGACCUCGGUUGUGACACAAAUGACGAUGAAGCCAUGAAAACAUGUGCAAAGUAUUUUCAGCAAGCCAGUGGCAUAUUUCAACAACUAAAGCACACUGCCCCACCUGUCCACCAAGAUUUGACUCCAGACCUGGAAGCCGAUACAGUGACUGCCUUGCAGUCGUUAAUGCUUGCCCAGGCUCAGGAGAGUUUCUACCACAAAGCUGCAGCAGAUCAAAUGAAGCAUGCCAUUAUUGCGAAGGUGGCUUCCCAGUGCGAGGAUCUCUAUGCUGAUGCUGCUCGACAAAUGGGAAGAGAUUCCUUGAAAAACCUGUGGGAAAAGGAAUGGCUCGCAGUCAUAUCAAGCAAACAGGCAUCGUUUGGAGCCAUAGCACAGUACAAUCAAGCCAUGGUGUGUCGUGCUAACAAAGAUGUGGGAGAGGAGCUCUCAAGGUUGCAGUAUGCAGCAGAGCUGAUACGUACUGCAGAGUCACGGGGGGGACUCAGUUUUAACUUCAAGAACGAUGCACGAAAGAUCACGAUAGCGCACGAUGAAACAAAGAAGGACAAUGAUUUCAUCUACCAUGCCCGCAUCCCUGAGGUGAAGUCACUGGCACCUAUUGGAAAAGCUGCCCUUGCAAAGCCAUUGCCAGUUCCUGAGAAGUUUAGUUCGUCGGGUCAAGAUCUGUUCAGUGCCUUACUGCCAGUGUCUGUCAGCCAGGCACUGCAGAAGUUUGAUGUUAGGAAGUCGGAUAUCGUCAAUGGUGAAAUUGCCAAGCUCCGUCAUCAAACUCAACUGCUGAAUGGCUUCCUCACAUCUCUGAAUUUGCCUGCUGCCCUCGAGGAUACAACUGGAUCCACACUUCCCCAAAGUAUCAAAGACAAAGCCCAGUGUGUACGUGAGAAGGGUGGCAUACAGGCCAUUGAGAAGCUUAUCAAUGAUUUGCCUGUCCUGCUUGAAAGGAAUCAAGAAAUCCUGUCAGAGUGUGAAAGGAUGAUCAGGGAAGAGGAAGACUCUGAUAACCAGCUUCGGGCUCAGUUUCAAGAGCGUUGGACGAGGACGCCUUCUGAUAAAUUGAACACAUCUCUGAAAUCCGCUUCAGCGAAGUACAAGGAGAUCAUCUCUAAUGCUGUGCUUGCUGAUGGAGUUGUUCGAGAAAAAUUCAACAAACAUCGAAACUAUAUUGAGCUUCUAAGCCAACCCAAUGAUGGUGCAUUGCAGGGGGGCGUUCCGUCGGGUAGUCCAACAGCAUCAAACUCUCCAAGUGUUGUACGUCUACGUCAGCUUAUGGACCAAGUGGAGGCCAUUAAAGCUGAGCGUGAAGUUAUUGAAUCGCAACUGAAGGACUCCACGAUGGAUAUGAAACCAAAAUUCUUGGCUGCCUUGACCCAAGAUGGUUCCAUCAAUGAGCAGGCGCUCUCUGUGGAGAUGUUGGGCGAAUCUCUGGGACCUCUUCAGAAACAGGUGGCAGAUAGCGUUUCUCGCCAGGAAGCACUGGUACGGGACAUUCAGGCGGCCAAUUCAGAGUUCUGCCACGAAAAGCAAAGCAAGGGAGGAAAUACUCGUGAGUCUGCCUUGGUAGACCUUGCAGCAGCGCACGACACAUACAUGGAGCUCACAGCAAACCUGCAGGAAGGAACAAAAUUUUACAAUGACCUGACCCAAAUUUUGCUAAGCUAUCAGAACAAGCUGAGCGACUUCUGCUUUGCUCGCCGAACUGAAAAGGAAGAGCUUGUGAAGGACCUACAGCAAAGCAUCAUAAACAAGCCUACACAACCAACUCCCACCCCUCCUUCCCAUCAUGGUAAGGCAACACAGCCUCCACCACGGCCACCUCCCCCUACCACAGCGAGUGCACCUGUGACAGGAGGUGCAGGCGCGGCAGUACCCCCAUACCCUAUGAUGCCUCAAGGGAUGCCACAACCCCACAUGACCUACCCAGGCUACCCGCAGUACCCUGGAUAUACGCCGUACCCUGCAGUGCCAAUGCCAACUAUUUACAACCCAUACGCAGCGCCACCAGGUUACCCAGCAGGAGGUCCACCACAGUACCAGCCUUACCCCCAGUACCCGCAGCCACGGCAACCAUACAGCGACUAUCCAUACCCUAGGCAGCAGUAAUAGCACGUACCCAAGCAUGAACUCUUGAAGGUCAUUAAAUCAUGCAAGUGAAGUUUGGCAUGGUUGCAGCUCAACUUACUCAACAUUUUUCCUGCAGUUGCGAAGGAAGGAAGGUACGAUGUUGAUCAUGACUACCAACUGAAGAAAGAUGCUGUAGAUAUUAAAGUGGUGCAUUCCGUGAGUUAUGCAUAGGAUUCUUCUGGGAACGUGUUAUACAGAUCAUGCAAUUGUUUAGACCUUCGUUUGUAAUCAAUGCAAAAAAAUUGUGUUUUAUGAAGUUAUAGAAAACAUAGAAUGAAGUAUGACUUUUCUUAUGCAGGGACAGAUUUAUGCGUAUGUUUGAAUAGUUAAUUGUCUGUUUAACAACAUUUGCUACAUCAUGCAGUGAAUGGCCUGUGUAUAUUGUUUUUGUGUGCAUCUAAUAAAAUUGUUCAAUGAAGUG